ACUUUGGCUGUGUGAGGAGGAUUUGUGCUCGCCCUAAUCAAGAAUUUUAUCUGGUUUGCAGGCGAACCCGGUCCUUGAAUGCCCCGAGUCCAAUCCAGCAGUUUGGGCCCUGCGGCCGGAUCAUGAAGAACUCCGCGAUGGUUAUGACGAUACAGGAUCCCGCAAGCCAGAGGCUCACCUGGUACAAGCCACCGCUAACAGUUCUUGUCAUCAAGAAGGUUCGAGAUGUGUCGGUACUUCAACCAUUUGUCCAACUUGUCAACUGGCUAAUCGAGGAGAAGCACAUGGUUGUGUUUGUGGAGCAAACAGUUAUGGAUGACACCUUGCUCGUCAACAAUCCGAGCUUCUCGGUCGUGAAGGACAAGCUCAUGACAUUCCGAGAUGGAAAGGAUGAUCUCACCGACAAGAUUGACUUCAUCAUUUGUCUUGGUGGUGAUGGAACACUUCUGUAUGCCAGUUUGUUGUUCCAGCAAUCUGUGCCACCUGUCAUGGCAUUUCAUCUUGGUUCCUUGGGAUUUCUCACGCCAUUUGAAUUUGACAACUUCCAGGAGCAAGUUACAAAUGUGUUGGAAGGACACGCAGCAUUAACGCUUCGAAGUAGACUGAGGUGCAUCAUUAUGAGGAAGAAUGAUGAACUAAGCAAAUCAUCAAAACCUCCCACAAAUCUCCUCGUACUUAACGAAGUGGUGAUUGACCGAGGACCUUCGCCUUACCUCUCUAACAUUGAUCUCUUCCUGGACGGCAAACACAUCACAUCAGUGCAGGGCGACGGUCUCAUCGUUUCGACGCCAACCGGAAGCACGGCUUAUGCAGUAGCAGCUGGAGCAUCCAUGAUCCACCCCAGUGUCCCGGCCAUCAUGGUCACUCCAAUCUGUCCGCACUCUCUCUCUUUCAGGCCCAUUGUGGUCCCUGCAGGAGUUGAACUAAAGAUCUCAGUGUCUCCUGAUAGCAGGAACACGUCGUGGGUGUCAUUCGACGGGCGCAACCGGCAAGAGCUGUUUCAUGGUGAUAGCCUUCGUGUGACAACAUCCAUCUACCCAGUGCCUUCAAUCUGUGCCCAAGACCAAAUAUCUGACUGGUUUGACUCCCUGGCAGAAUGCCUUCAUUGGAAUGUGCGUAAGAGGCAGAAACAUCUCGAUGAACUCAGCGACCUAACACACUCGAGUUCCAAUGAUACGCUCGACUCACUUGACCACACAGAUCAGCUUGACAGCUAGAUGCAUGAAGGUGGAAUGGCCUAAGAGACUGCAUGGAUGUUACAGGCUGAUGUGCCGAACGUGGCCGUUCUUGGCUGGUAUGAGGUGAAGUGUGUUGCAGUCUGUGGUCCUUCACUAUGUUAUCAGUACAACUUGUGAUUAUUAUGGUGCAAUGCAAGGGUAUACUAAGGAUUAUAGGAUCAUGGAAGUAACAGGCCUUUAAAGUACAUCAGAAUAAUUGUUAUUUAAAUUGAACUUUGUGUAAGGAAAUCAAUAUAAGGUACAUAUUUCAUCAUAAUACCAAUCAUCAUACGCAUAAAGGACUUUGAUUUGUAGUGAAUCUGUAGCGGUACUUGUGAUGUGAUUGGGUGAGAUUUGAGGUUCUCACUUUAGCAAAUAUGAAGCUGGCUCUCUUCUGGGAUGUAGCACGACGUUUUCUGGUAGAUAUUGACUGAAGUUUUAAUGAUGGAGGCAGUAAGCUCUUGUGAAAUGUCGGUCAGUAUCGACCUGACUGCACUUUGCUACGCCUAUAAGACGGCUACCUUCGUAUGAUGGGAAUAUGUUUUACAAUAAUGGAGAGAAGAAUGAAGCAUAUUUACUGCAGAUGGAUCCAGAUAGAGAAAGAGAUGCCUACAAACAGCUGUUGAUGUUAUGUUAAUAUUUAGAGAAAUAUAUUGUGUAUACAUGUACCUCUGUUGAAAUUUUUGUCAUUUUAUUGUGCGUGAUGUGCCACUAUAAAAUUCACAGUGUUAUAAUUUUAAUAGGAACUGUAUCACCUUUGCAUCUCCAUGCAAUGUUGCAUAAACACGUGUUUAAUUAUAGAGAGUAAAAUAUUAAUUUAUCAGUAUUCUUCAUAUUAUGAAAUACAUUUGAAUAAAUUACUUGGUUAUUAGUCAGA